AUGGACAAGGAGACAGGGGCAGCCAAUGGCGCGCUGACUCUCGGCUUUGACGACUACACCGCCGCUCUCGAACUCAAUUCCAUCACCUCCAACUUUGUCGACAAUAACCAACUCGACAUUGCGACUUUUGGGGCUGAGCAAGACGGGUUCCCUUAUGACAACCCGGGUGGGGGGAGAGAGUCUGUAACCGAUCUCGGCACCCUGGGCAUCGACUCAUCCUAUCAAGAUGCAUUCGGCUUCGGUGCCGCCAUGGCCGGAUCCUCCAUCCAGGAUAUCAACAUGAACCUCACCGACGACAGGCAACCGAUGAAUGGGACUUUCGACGAACCGGGCGUCUUCAUGUUCUCUGAAGCCCUGGGAGACGGCGAACCGAUGGGUCAUCUCUUCAACUACGACCAGGACGUCGUCGCGCAAACCCUGCAACCAUCAGACGCAACGACGACGACGACGACGACACCGCCCAAGAUCGGCACCCGGUUCUCGUCAAAGUCGCUGCGCGUGCUGAAAACCUGGCUGGCGAACAACAACCAGCACCCGUAUCCCACGGCCGAGGACAUGGAGAUGCUGCAGCGGCAGACGGCUCUCAGCAGACAACAGAUCACCAACUGGCUCGCCAACACGCGGAGGCGCACGCGGUUCAAGGUGCCGCCGAAGCGCCCGCCAUCGCCGGCCGUCACGUCGGCGAGGGCCCUGCCGAUCAACAUCCCCCAAGGCGGCAUCCUCCCCGAGGCCCUGCACCACUUGAACCCGCUUGAGCGUUGGCAAGUCUCGCCCCCCGAACACGAGCCCGCGUCCGUCUCCGCCAUCGCCCACGCCGUCUCGGGCUUCUCGUCGGACGGCGAAGACCUGGCCGACAAGUCCCUGACCGACAGCGUCCCCCCCGCAAGGUCGUUGUACGGCCACUCGUCGGCGAGCAGCGCAGGCACGUCGCACUCCAGCAGAAGCUCCGCCAACUCGGCAUACUCGCACAACUCCCGCUCCUCGCUGAGGUCGCUCGACCCCUUGGGGGCGUCGGCCGUCCGGAGACGACGGCGCAGAGCCGUGGCCAAGCGCCCCGAGCCGCAGGGCACCGGCACGCUCUGGCAGACGGCGAGCACUUACCAGUGCACCUUUUGCACCGAGACGUUCAAGACGAAGCACAACUGGCAGCGCCACGAGAAGUCUCUGCACCUGUCCCUCGAGCGAUGGGAGUGCGCGCCGACCGGGCCCACGGUCCCCGACGCCAGCGGGCAGCUGGUGUGCGUCUUUUGCGGCGAAGCGGACCCGGACAAGAGGCACCUCGAGAAGCACAACUACCAGGCGUGCCGAGACCGCCUCUCGGAGGACCGGACGUUCUACAGAAAGGACCACCUCCAGCAGCACCUGAAACUCGUGCACGACGCCAAGUUCCUGAGGUGGCCCAUGGGGGACUGGAAGUACGAGAGCGAGGUGAUCCGAUCCCGGUGCGGCUUCUGCGGCUGGUCGAUGACGACCUGGAACGACCGCAUCGACCACCUGGCGGAGCAUUUCAAGGAUGGCAAGACGAUGGCGGACUGGCAUGGCGACUGGGGCUUCGACGAUGCUGUGCUCAAGAUGGUCGAGAACUCGAUGGCUCCGUACAUGAUUCACAUGGAACGCUACUCGCCGUGGCCGUUCACGACGAAGCAGGGCACGCCGCCCAACGCCUUUGAGCUCAUCAAGCUCGAGCUCGAGCACUUCUCCGCCGAGCACCUCACCACCAAGGACCGCACGCCCACCAGCGCGGAGCUGCUGUACGAGAGCUGCUGCGUCGUCUUCGGGUGCGACUCCCUGUCCUUCUCCAAGCGGCCCGCCACCUCGACGCAGUCCUGGCUGCGCGACCUGCUCAUGUCGUCCGAGCCCGUCGUGCAGCAGGCGCGCAUCCGGCCCAUGAAGGACAACUCCAAGUCGCGCUUCACGUACCUCAGCAUCAACGGCAAGGCCAACAUCUUCGAGGCGUGCGGCCUGGAGGAGCAGCUGCUCAACUUUGUCGACCUGUCCAAGAUGGUGGAGGCCCGGCUCUCGGACGAGGAGCUGCAGAGCGAGGCCUGCAGCAUCGUGGAGCGCACCGAGGCCGCCUCGCUGCAUCCCUCGGCGGCGUUUGCGAGCUUCCUGAUCGAUCUCAUCAAGGGCUCGAGUCACUGGCUGGCAGCCUUCCGACAACGCGCCAACCUCCCCCCUUCCAGAGCUUCCAGCACGCCGCGAUCUGACCCGAAGGCUCCAGAAUCGUCAGAUCCAGUCCCAAUGAUGGACUCCCAACAAAAGCCCGCCUCCUUCAACAGCACGCCGGACCCGACGCAACCUGGCAACAGUCCUCUUACUGCCACCGCUGCUGCCGCCGCCGCCGCCGCCUUCGGCCCAGGAUCCGGCAUCAAAGGGGGGGACGCGGCCGCCCCGUCCACGUUCUUCGUGAACGAGGACAACUGUUACAGAAAACUGGUCCGGGAGUUGACGCGGUUCGUGACCAUCACGACCUCGCCGCGAAACCCCAACAGGCGGAUCCCGACGGACGCGGAACUGCAGCACCAGGCGCGGUGGAUCUCGUUUGAGGAUGACGAUCCGUGGAACCAAACACCGGCCGACAACGCAGAUUGGCUUCGAGAUUUCAAGCGCGAGAUGGGGAUUCUGGAUGGUGAAUUAAGUACGAGCCAGGGGUGA